AUGUUAAUUGUGGUAUCACCGAACCUCACGUCAAUGGCCUUCGUACCUCCCUGUUGCGGUGACGAGGACUUCCGGCUUGCAGUGUUUCUCACCGAGGCUAACGCUAGUCCCGAGAACAAGCCUUCUCUCCGCCUUCUCUCCGAUGUUUUUCUGGUCUACCGACCAACGUGGCACUGGGAAGGUCACUACUGGCUUGGGAGGCAAGAGGAUUUCUUUAACUCUUUGCGUUACCUGGAUAACCUCCUGUCCAUUGAACACAUCGCCAGUGACAUCGUGGAUAAAAAUAGUAUAACCGAGCUUGAUUUCAGAGUUGGAUACUCUAACAUCAGCAGAAUGGUCCUUGGUCGUUCUUCCCUUGAUUCUCUGUCGCUUGCGGCCCUGAUAGCUUCGUUCAAGGUUCUCAGGGAAUUCCGAUAUUUUGCUGGAGGCAGAGUGGAUUCGGGCACACAGUUCAAUCCCAAGACAUUUUUUAAAGCGAUGUGCUGGCACAAAGACACACUUGAAAUCCUGGAUCUUGACGUCGCAUGCCAAAUGAAUUUACUUGACAUCCCAUGUGAAUUUAGGAGGGAGUACGCUAUGGAACAUUGGGAAAGCGGUCCUGACCCCUGGUCCAAUUCAAGAGAGAAACGCCACGAAUUUCUUUCGCAAGUACGGAGACACAAUAAAACCCUGAAAGACUUUGUGGCCUUGAAAAGGUUGAGCUUGGGAAUAGAUUUGCUCCUGUACUUCGCCAAGGGCAUCAGAUUCGACCUGUGGGAACUACCUGAGGGGUAUGAGCACCUACGCUUGAUAGAUUGUUUGCCAGAUUCGCUGGAAUAUUUGUGCGUUCGGGGAUACCACAAGGGCGAGAAUCCAGAUCACGAUGAACAUAUGGAUGAGUUGUUAGCCCUUUUCAAGUCUGGGUCAUCUUCACUGAAGGAGAUCGAGGGUAUUGAAGAAACUAUUCAUGUCCCCGGCCCAGGUCAUUACGAUCCGGACCCCGUGCUAUGGACCGAGCGCCCUCUGAACAAUAGUGAGAGUGAGAGUGAGAGUGAGAGUGAGAGUGAGAGUGAGAGUGAGUGA